AUGACACUAUCUAUCUAUCUAUCUAUCUAUCUAUCUAUCUAUCUAUCUAUCUAUCUAUCUAUCAGUUUUUCCAUUGUAUGUAUCUAUCUAUCUAUCUGUCUGUCUAUCUAUCGUUCUUCCUCAAACCAGCCUUUUCAGCGAUCUCCGCACCCUCCACAAUUUUCUGCGGCAUCGUCCCAGAAAAGUGUAUAUUCUUAUUUACCAUCACUUCUCUCUCUCUCUCUCUCUCUCUUUGUCUCUACGUCCCUUUCUUUCUCUUUCUGUUUUACUCUCUAUACCCUCUUCUCUUUUAUAUAUUAUAUAUAUAUAUAUAUCUCUUUUUCUGUUUUACUCUCUAUACCCUUCUCUCUUGCUGUUUUACAUUCUUUACCGUUCUCUUUUUUUUAUUUUAUUUACGUCUCCCCUCUUCCUCGUAUUAAGCUCUAUAGACACUGGACUUUUAUUUCUGUUCUGUUCGGACCCAUCUCUAUUUCCUUUUUUUUCUCUAUACCCUCCUAUCUUUUAAGUUUAUUCUCUACGUCCCUCUUUCUGUUUUACUCUCUAUACCCUCCUUCCUUCCUUUUUACUCUCUUUCUGUUUUACUCUCUACGUCCCUCUCUCUCCGUCUCUGUUCGAUUCUCUAUACAUUUUCUCGCUCUUUUACCCUAA